UCAAUUUUUCCUUUACCUUCUAUUAAAAUUUGUUUCCUCUUCCUCUUUAAAUGUUGGCACUUACAGUAGGAUAAGUUUAUAUUAAUAUAUUCUCAGCCUGCAUUUACAUUUUGCUGGGCCUGAUUUUUGCUCUAACAUCAAUAGGAAACAUUUAAUUGUUACAUCGUUGAUAUAAUUUUUGCUUUCUCAUAAUGAAGAGCAUCAACAGAAGCCUUCCUUUUGGGAAUGCUCUCAUUAUCUGUCGUUGUGCAUGGCCCUUUGGAUGAGUGGUUUGACUGGUUAUCAUGGUUCUUGCUUCACCGCAUUCAAGUCCCCAGGCAGGGAUUGAACCCAGCGACGGCUGUGAUGUAGACCUGAGGCAAUACCAGAUCCUUUAACCCACUGCUGGGGUUGGGAUUGAACUGCCUCCUCAGAGCUGCUGCAGUCAGAUUCUUAACCCACUGUGCCACCACAGGAACUCUUUAAUGGUGAACGUUUUAAAAAUCAUUUUUCUAAUCUCAAUGGUUUUGAUUUUGUAUUACGGUGAUGUCAUAGUUUAGUAGUUUGAAACGCUCCUUUGCUAUAGUUUAUGUUUGCUGAAGAGGGGUUCUUAGACUAGACCCUGCGAGAAGACAAAACGCGGGAGAUAAAAAUUAUUCUUCACUGUCUGUUACUUAUGCCUAGUCCUUCAUCUUCCCAGGCUAGAACUAAAUCUGGAUCUGGGAGAUGAUUUAGGAAAGUAUUCUCAAGAACUAUGCUAGGAGGUUCUAAGAAUAUUCUACUGGCUUUCAGACAUAGGAAAAUAAUAAUGUAUAAGGUGAUUUUAAACAUAAUGUCAUUUCAAGUAAUAAAUGGCAUUGUAGGAGACUUUGAACAUAAGCUUUGAAACUGAAUCAAAAUUCUAUUCAAGGUGUUUUCUUGUUGCACAAUGGGUUAAGGAUCCAGGGUUGUCACUGCAGCAGCUCAGGUUACUGCCGUGGUGCAGGUUUCAUUCCUAGCCCAGAAACUCCACCUUCCAUAGGUAUGGGGGAAAAAAAGAACCAAAGGAAAAUCAAAAAACAGAAUUCUAUUCUAAACAUGCUGAACACAAGGGCUAACAUGUCUGGAAAUCCAUUAGGAUAUACCAAGUAUCAUUAUUUCAAAUACUCUUUAUUCCCAAGCUAGUAGGAAAAAAGUAAAGCCAUAUUUACUUUUCAGGGCCAUAUUUUUAACCAUGCAGUAGCCAAACUGUCAUUUAAAGUUUCUGUCCUGGGGAGUAGUCUUUAGUACCUAAGAGUCAUAAACACAAAAAUAUAUGUUCAUUUGGGAAAAUGUAAUAACAGAGAUAUGGAUGAAGGCUUCUAUAUCAUGGUAGGUAACUACUAUUCUCAGCUAUGAAAACAUCACUUGCCUUUAGAAACAGAAUACAAGGCUUAUGGGAUGGAUGACUGGGCAGAGUGUGGGAAAUGCUGAAUUCUGGUUUUCUUAAAUGAGGCGGCACUUUUGCAUUGGGAACAGAUAAAAUAGACUUAAGAAUAAAAUUCUUCCUCAUCUUAGUGUCUUUAAAGAGAGUUCAUUAAAAUAGCUGGAUUUUCUUCAAAAUAAUGACGGAAUGAACAUAUAGUAAACAAAUGUGAUCUUGUGUUGAUCACUGUUGCAGUUGCGUGACGGGUAUAUGAAGGUUCAAUAAUAGUGCUCCCUACUUUUGUACAAGCCUGAAAUUUCCCAUAACAAAUUUCUUGAAAAACUAAGUACAUAGACAGACAUCCUCCGUAUACUUGGUAAACCUAAAAUUUAGGGAUAUUGCAGAACUGUGUAUAUGCACAUUCUGGUGAUAGAAAUGGGAUUCAAGGCAAAACUGUCAGGCUGCGGUUCCACACACGGCCUCUGGGCGCCGCUGUCGGCCAGUGCAGGACAAGCGCUGAAGCCCAGGAUUCCUGAGCCUCUGGCUCGAGAUUUCCUGCGCAGCCACCCACACAGAGAGAAGGAAGCCCGCUCACACACCCAGGCUCCUGGCCGCGCAGGCUCUGCUCAGCACAGACGCCUUCCCAAUCCGCCUGUCCUGGGCCAAAUGCCCCUUCCGUGACGCCGUGGAUUGCAGUUUCUUUGCCUCUCCAGAAAGACCGGGCUCCAGCGAGACCUAGACGCGCAAUGGGAGGGAGCUGCACGCAGAGACGCCCGGCCAGCCGGCGCCAGGUACUGUUGCCCUUCCUGCUGCCUUUGUUAUACCCCGCGCUCUGCGAGCAGAUCCGCUACUCCAUUCCCGAGGAGCUGGCCAAGGGCUCGGUGGUAGGGACCCUCGCCAAGGACCUAGGGCUCGGUGUUCGGGACGUGUCAGCUCGCAAGCUGCGAGUUAGUGCAGAGAAGCUGCUCUUCAGCGUAGACGCGGAGAGCGGGGACUUGCUUGUGAAGGACCGAAUAGACCGUGAGCAGAUAUGCAAAGAGAGAAGAAGAUGUGAAUUGCAGCUGGAGGCCGUGGUGGAAAAUCCUUUAAAUAUUUUUGAUAUCAUGGUGGAUGUUGAGAUAUUAACGACCAUGCCCCUCAUUCGAUCAAAAGGAAAUACGUCUAGAAAUUUUGAAUCUGUAUCCGCAGGUGCACGAAUGUCCUUGACCCUGCCACUGACCCGAUAUAAACACGAACUCAGUUAAAGAUUAUCAGAUAAAUCCUAACCCGUAUUUCUCAUUAAU